AUGUCAGAAAUCCAAGCUCGUGCAGCAGGGGCCUCUGUGCAGCCGCCACUGUCUCAGGCUGUUGGAUAUGUUAUUGUCGUGGUGCUAGGGCUCAUCAUCGCCGGUGCUGACAAAACAGUGAUGAUGGUCAUCACCAAAAUACUCAAGAAAACAACGGGCGAAGACAACAAGAACACUGAGAUGUUCAUGACUGCCAAUCGCACCGUUCGAACCGGCUUAACAGCGUCCGCAGUAAUAUCGUCCUGGUUAUGGACUACAGCAAUGCUAGGAGCAUCAUUUGUAGGGUAUGACUAUGGCGUGGCUGGCCCCUUCUGGUUUGCUGCAGGUUGCAGUCCGAUGAUUGUAUUUUUCGCCUUGAUUGGGAUAUCCUGCAAGAGGAAGAUCCCGGAUGCACACACAUCGCUCGAAGUGGUCCGGAUCCGAUAUGGUCGCGUUGCACACGCGGUCUUCAUGACCCUGUGUUUGAUCAACAACAUCUUCGCGUGCGCUAACAUGCUCUUGGGUGCUGCAGCAGUUAUAUCAGCCAUAACUGGGAUCCACAUCAUUGCUGCGACGUUCCUGUUGCCUGUUGGCGUUACCGUAUACACCUUCGUUGGCGGCAUCAAAGCAACAUUCCUUACCGACUACUUCCACACGGCGAUCAUUCUUAUUAUUGCAUGCUAUCUCUCUAUCAAAGCGUUUACCUUCGAAGAGGUUGGGUCGAUCGGAAAAUUAUAUGAGCUCGUGCAAGCCGCUGCGCAGCGCCAUCCUGUGUCUGGAAAUCAAGAUGGGACAUACUUGACCAUGACCUCGAAGGGCGCUAUCCUGUUCGGGAUUCUUCAUAUUUGCUCCAACUUCGGCCUAGUGAUUAUGGAUACUAGCUAUUUCAUAAAAGCGUUCUCCGCUGCUCCCUCCUCUGUAGUACCGGGCUACACAAUCGGUGGGAUUGCUUACUUUGCCAUUCCCUGGGCUCUAGGAACCAUCAUGAGCUCUCUUGCCCUAGGCCUCGAGAACACGUCUUCCUUUCCGACGUAUCCCCGCCGCAUGACCUCCACGGAAGUCAGUAAUGGCCUUGUCCUUCCAUACGCAGCCAUGACUAUUGCUGGGAAAGGCGGGGCGGCGGCAGUCCUUCUUAUCACCUUCAUGGCGGUCACUUCGACGCUCUCCGCGCAAGUCAUCGCCGUCAGCUCUAUUCUAAGCUUUGAUGUAUACCGGGAAUAUAUAAACAAGUCAGCAACAGACAGAGACAUUAUCCGUGCAAGUCACUUUGGUGUCAUUUUCUUUGCUGCGUUUUCUGCCGGAUUCAGCACUAUGCUCCAUUAUGUCGGUAUUGAUCUUGGCUGGACACUAUAUAUGCUCGGUGUGGUAACAUGUCCUGGGAUCUUUCCUAUGGCAUUCACGAUCCUUUGGCGCCGACAGAGCAGAGCAGCCGCAAUUCUGUCCCCAGUUCUGGGAAUGGCGACCGGCAUCGGGGUGUGGCUUGGCACAGCGCAGCACUUUUAUGGUGCAGUAUCUGUCAGUUCAACAGGACAGAUUCUACCUUGCGUCUACGGAACUGUAGCAUCUGCUAUCUCGCCAAUAGUUUACUCUGUCGUGAUCACCCUAGUCAAACCACAGAGGUAUGACUGGGCAGAGUUCCGCAAAGAGAAGCUGGGACUCGAGCGACUGGAUAGUGAUAGCGAUAUCACGGUGAAUGGUCAAGGUAGUGAAGCGCAGCACACUCAGUCCUCGUUUAAUCCCCAGGAGUUGAAGAGAUGGGGUCGUAUUGCUGCAUUUUGGUCGAUUGCAACUUUCUUGGGCCAUUGGGUGUUGUGGCCACUACCGAUGUACGGAUCGAAAUAUGUUUUUGGAAAGAGGUUCUUCACUGCUUGGGUCGUUGUAGGAAUUAUCUGGUUGUGGAUCACAAUGCUCGUGGCGAUAUUCUAUCCCCUUAUUGAUGGAGGAGUGCAGCAGAUGAUGCAAAUAUCUCGAGGGCUGCGUGAAAGGAAGAAUGCAGUCACGUCCUCAUCAGUGCCAUCAGUGACCAAUGAUUCUCCCGAGGUGCUCAGAGUGAAUGAGAAGUCUUGA